AUCUAGAUUUCCUUCCAGUCUUGUGCUCCAGUGAUCAUAUGCAGGCAGCAUCUAACAAUUGCUUUAUGAGUAAAAACCAGAAAAAAUUCUUGUUAGAAUAAAGCAUGUUCUUUUGUUGUGUAAUGUGCUGGUUGUUUAGCCACUCUAGAUUUCUCUCUAUUAUCGUGCUCUGAUAAUUACUGGUAAUGAUUGCUUGUAAAAAUGAGUAGCAACUGCAGUUUUGGAUGAGUGAUAAAAAACUUUUGCAUUCUUUUAUUGAUGGAAAGAAUGUUUUUCUUUCUUUCCAUUGUUGUUUUCUGUAGUUAUAACGUGGAUGACAAUUGUGACUGGUCUGGUGCUUCUAUAUUUUUAUCUGGUUUUAUUAACAUUUCAUGGUUUAUGUUGACUGACUGAAUUUUAUCGUUUGGUGGUCCACACCCAACUUGCCAGCUGAUCUUGCCUUCUCUUCCAUCUUUCAACCCCCUUGGUCCCCCACCCAACUUUUAUUUUUCUUUGGUUUGCACAAUUCAUAAACUAGUGAAGUUUGAAGGUUUUUCAUAGGAUUCUUUACAUUUUUUUUUUCUUGGGAUAUUUAUUUUCUAAUACUUUGAUAACUUUGUAUGAUACAUGCAGCUUACCUAUUCGUGAGAACUGGGAAAAAGGAUACAGGCAUAACAGAGGAAGAUGCUACAAAAGGUGUCCCUUCUACUCCAGUUUUGGCCACAGCUGUUAUUACCACUCUAGUUACCAAGAAACACCUUUCCACACCAUCCAUGGUAGCACCUGAGAAGUUGCCUGAACCCAUUCCUGAGAAUCAGCAACGUGAGCCUUUCAAAUGGAUAUUGGAAGAGAAAAGGAAGUUAAAACCAACAGACCCUGAAGCAAAGAAGCGCCUUGAUGAAGAGAAAGCUCUUCUUAAGCAAUUUAUCCGAGCAAAAUCUAUUCCUAGUAUAUGAUCAAACAACACUGACUGCAAUUAGAAAUUACCAAACACACAGUUCUUUCAUUCCACGAAAAGUUUGGUUUCCCAUCUGUUGAAUUUGGAAUGUUAGUCUCUAUUUGAAAUAUCCAAAAUUUGUCAUUGUUGCAUAAAUUUGAUACAAGGGUAACGUCCAUGUCAUUUUAACUGUUGCUCUAGUCUCUAUUUGAAAUAUGCAAAAAAUUGUGUCAUUGUUGCAUCAAUUUAAUACAAGGGUAAAGUUCAU